UUAGGCGAUGACGGCGGCCCCCGCCCCUAGAUGACAGACCCGGCUCCGAGGCUUAGCAGCGGCGGCGGCGGCGGCGGCGGCGGCGCCGGCGCUUCUUCCAGAUGAGCUCCCCAAACAUGGCUCUGCUGCGGGUCCUUUCCCGGGUGGCCGGGGCAGGAUCAGCCGGCCGUCCAGCCCUGGCCAGAGGCCUGCACUGCAGCUCCCCCUCCUCCUCCUACAAGUAUGUGAACGUGAAGGAGUUCCCCAUGGACAUGAAGUCCGUGACCGACCGCGCAGCGCAGACCCUGCUGUGGACCGAGCUCGUCCGAGGUUUGGGGAUGACGCUGAGUUACCUCUUCCGGGAGCCCGCCACCAUCAACUACCCCUUUGAGAAGGGCCCCCUGAGCCCCCGCUUCCGGGGGGAGCACGCCUUGAGGCGCUACCCCUCGGGGGAGGAGCGGUGCAUCGCCUGCAAGCUCUGCGAGGCCGUGUGCCCGGCCCAGGCGAUCACCAUCGAGGCCGAGCCCAGGGCGGACGGCAGCCGGAGGACCACCCGCUACGACAUCGACAUGACCAAGUGCAUCUACUGCGGCUUCUGCCAGGAGGCCUGCCCCGUGGACGCCAUCGUGGAGGGCCCCAACUUUGAAUUCUCCACGGAGACCCACGAGGAGCUGCUUUACAACAAGGAGAAGCUUCUCAACAACGGGGACAAGUGGGAGGCCGAGAUCGCCGCCAACAUCCAGGCCGACUUCCUGUACCGGUGAGGCCGGAGCCCCGGCCUCCCUCCUCCCGCUCUGACUAAGGCUCUUCCCCCGGCCUCCGAAAUAAAGCCUAGAAACGUG